CACCACCAACGAUGUCGUGGGUCGGAACUGAUGCAGUCACAGCGAACGAGGUGCGCGUUGUUUGGUGAACAUGGGGCAGUGUUCUGCUUUGCACGCUGGAGCCGGCAGCGUGUGCAACGAGGAGUAGGACUGUAGUAGUACUGGUGAACUGCGUCACUCGAAGUGGUUGGGAAGUUGCAGACUUCAUUCUUGACUCGUGAGUAGGCAAUAUUGCCGCACAGGGACGUUGCUCAUGCUCUCGAGGAAUGAUACAAAAUUGAAAAAGUUUUCAAUGGACUCUAGCGCCUAUCGGCAGGCUAAAGUCUGGAGGUAGUGAGCCACUUCUGGAUUUGUGCUUCUUGCCGGCCGAAUCGUGCACAUAGUAGAGAAGUGUAGAUCCAGUACACUGUUUGCAGAAAGAGCAACAUGACAAAGCCAGGCAGUCAAUUUCGUCAGCUGUACAGGUCAAAGACCGAUACAGUCGAGUUCUAUGAUUCCGACGAUGAAGACGGACCUCUCAUUGAAAGAGAAGAUGGGUGCAAUCAAUUCCGGACAAUGCCGAACCCAGAAAUAUUUCUAGACUUCAUGAUUGACGCCGCUCGUCCCGUAGAAGUGUCUACUAGGUUGCGCAAAUUCAUCCUUCGACAUGGACACUCUUACCGAGAUGAUAAGAUCUCCUGGAACCCAACCGAACUUCUACCUUACGGACGUCAUUUUGAACUCUGCUAUCUCCGAUUCGGCGUCCGGUGCAACCAUGGCAAUAAAGAAGUUCCAGUAGACGAGCCUUUCGUGAUGCGUGAUCGGAUCUACUGGCGUGUUGGCGAUAGAUGGCGGCCAGACGCAAGGGCAGUAGAUGCCUGGCGAAGCGCUGUCGGGUCCGAGGUCAAGUGCUGCUUCCUGAAAGACUUCUAUGACCAAAACGGAAGAAACAUGAGCUGGCAGCCUAGUGAGGAUCUGCAAUGGCAGCAAUACGUUGGCGAGGUGGAAUGGAAGGAGCCGGGGCGAGAUGCCAGCCUUGAGCUGAGCGAGCUGAGGCAUUUGCUCAAGCGAGGGAUCGUUGUUCAUGGCUCAUGGCCUAAAGAUAGCGUUUUCAACUGGUAUUAGUGUCAUACGAAGGAGUUUGUUUUCCAGGUCCGGAGGUUCUUCGAGGUGCUAAGCCACCGGUUGGGUAGGCAUCUUAUCGAGGCUGCAACACCACACGAUCGAACGGACCGUAUGUUUAGGGCAGGGGUAACAACGAAAGGAGCAUCAUAGUUCUCAGCGUCAAGAGUCAAGUUCAACAGCAAUAAUCUUAGAAGCAAUAGUGGAAAG